AUGACCUACUUCUGGGCCGAGAACUCCAGCUACUUGCUGGUGAUUUUCUCAACCUUCUUUUCAGCCGUCAUGACACUCUUGACGAAGCUCCUCGAGGGCGGAGAUCAUGGCAUGGGACCCUUCCAGAUCCUCUUCGUUCGCAUGGCUGUCAGCAUGAUUGCUUGCUCGCUACUAUUAUUUUUCAGGAAAAGAUCCGAGUUUCCCUUUGGCCCCAAAGGGAUAACAUUGCUUUUGCUCGGCAGGGGGGCAUCUGGCUUCUUGGGCAUCUGUGGGAUAUGGACAGCCAUUCAGUUCCUCGAUCUUGCUGAUGCCACUGUCAUCACUUUCUUAACACCCUCGCUGGUAGCAAUGUUGUCCGCCAUCUUCAUGAGAAAACCAUUCACCAGAAAGGAGCAAAUCGCGUCAUUGUUGGCCUUGGUGGGUGUUGUGUUCAUCGCCCGACCAGCAAUGAUCUUCGGCGACACGCCUCCUUCGAGUCCUGCGAAUGCACCGCCCCCAGUUUCAGCCGUAACAAGUGAUGGGCACCCAAUGACACAGGCAUCACUGCCUAUGGGAGAAGAUGCAUCGGCGGCUGAUCGUUUCAAAGGAACGAUGCUCGCCGUGGUGAGUGCUGUCGGGGGUGCCGGAGCAUUCAUGGCCAUCAGGGAGAUCGGCGACAGGGCAUCCAUCCUGACGACGACCAACUACUUUGCAGGUAUCUGCACGGUGUUUACCGGAAUGGCACUUGCCAUCGCACCCUUGCUCCCUCACAGUCCCUCAGAGCUGCAUUUCGCACUCCCGCACGACCAGACGCAGUGGAUACUCGUCAUCGCCAUCACCGUCUGUGGAUUCUUGACGCAGCUCCUGCUCACGGCCGGAAUUGGGGGCGAGACCAAGUCCAACAAGGCUCCCGCCAUGGUGUAUACCGGCAUGCUUUGGACUGCCGGAUUCGACAAGUGGGUGUUUGGUCAGGAGAUGUACUGGUCUAGCUUCCUGGGCUGCGCUCUUAUUGUGGGCGGUGCCGUGUGGAUCGUCGUGCAGCCAAAGCCUGAGGACGCAGUCAAGCCAGCAGCGGGAGACGUCGAGCAUGCCGCAGGGGAGUGGGCCGAAGAGGCUGUAGACAUGCUCGUGGAACUGCGCAAUUUCGAGUCUGUGCCUCACUCACCUCAAGAGUCUCCCUCUCGCCUUAGAGUUUGA